GCUACCGAACACGUUCGAAACCGAAAUCGGAAGUGGUGCUAAGUUAAUCCCGCAACUGGUGGCUCACCGUUUACCUUCCAGUGAUCGUCGGUGACCGAUCGAUCCAUAAAAAUCGGAGUUUUCUGUGUCGAGAUCGGUGCAACUGUCGGAUCGCUGCAACGGCUAUUGCACGUUUUUCCGAGAUUCGAUGCGAGUUUCCCGUUUUCACGGGAGGAUAUGGGAUUUUCGAGAAUUUGGGGAACUGUGUCGUCGACCGAUAGCAUUGGUCAACGUGAAUUUUCAGUUGUUACGUUUAUUUGGUGGCUCUUGUGGUUUUAGCAAGCGAGAAACGGAGUUGCUCUUCUGACUUUCGGAUUUCGAGGAACUGAUUUUCUCAAUUUAGGAGUUAGUUUCGCGUCGGUUGUGAAAGUUGUUGGGAAGUUUCUCGUGAGAUAUGAUUCUGUAGAUUCCGAUGGAUAGAGUUAUGUAAAUUUUACUGUGGUUUCUGUGUUUUUAGAUGCGUUUGAGGUGUCGCGGCAAGGGCCCUUUACGAUUUCUUCGAGGUCUCGUAGGGAUUAUUUUAUUCUCGCGAUUGAAAAUAAACGGAGAAACAACUAGAGAAAUGAUCGAGUCGAGUUUGUCUUUGCAGAUGUUAGAAUUCGAUCGUUUUAGUUCAAGAUUUCUCGAAAACCGACACGAUUCUCAACGUUAACUUGUGUUGAAUCGUCGGUCAAUGUAAUCUCUCGAUCUUUACAAUGGAAAAAGAAGAAGCCCGACUUCUUUUCCUUAAUAAUGAGUGACAAAGUCCUGAUAUCGCGAAUCGAGCACGAUACGCCGGCAAGGUAACGUUGCAGGAACGAUCGUUCGGUCGGAAACAGUGCGAUAGGAAUGUAAUAAACGAAUUGAAGUACGUUCUCGAUUAAAUCUCAUCCCUCGAUAGCCGGUAAUCUCGGCCCGAUAAGAGAAACCAGCGACGUGUCUGUUGUUAUCGAGGACUGGACAGUGUAUACACGUUCGUGAAAAAUACGGUGCUGCAGGGCUCGCGUUAGUGCAAUGACGAUGCACAACCUUGGAUCCGCUAAUGCGGGGAGCGUGAUUCCGAUGUUUUCAUCGUGGUAGAUACUCAACGACCGGACUAUUCUCUAAAACAAAGCUUUCCACGAGGAAACGUCUAAGAAAUGUCCAUUGGAAUCCCCAUUAUCGAAGCGUAAAGCAUCGAGGAACGCUUAUCGCUGAUGAUAUUAAAAGAAUCAUUUGCUUUACAAAGCAGAAGCUUCACCUUGAAAUAAAUAAUAUCGCCUGUUCCCCUAAUUCAAAGUAAUCUGUUACGUCAGACGGGCGAAAGAGAGAAUUACCGAUGAAGGUUAACAGUAAAACUUCAUGUGAAUUCUUAUUUCGGUACUUUAACCUCUUGCCCUACGAUUUACUUCUCAACCAUUACGAGUCUAACUAUUUUGACAAUGUAGAUUAAUAAUUUAUUGAAAAAAGAGAAGAAUUGUAGAUAUAUCUACGUUCGCUACAAAGUAGAAUCGCAAGAGUAAUAUUUUUCGUCCAAUUCUACUCGAUUAUUGUAAUCGCUCAAAAAAAGACCCGAGUUCUACAACUUUCGUGAUUUCACAAGGUCAUAAAUUCGCAUGAACAAUCGGCCUCAUCGUCGCGUAAUUAAUAGAAUCCAAUUAAUGUAGUUCGCGAACGUAGUAGUUUCUCUUUAUAUUCGUUUCACGCGAAGUAUCGCGCGAUAUCGGAGCUCGACACCGUCCAACUCGAAGUUCGCCGUGUUUAUUGAUAUCAUCAAGAGCAAAUACUAAUUUAUUGGACGUUGGAUCAGCUAAUGGCGUGGCGUCGCGUCGGUUCGAUCGAACGAGACGCGCCGUUCGGACGGAUUUCGUUGCGCCGCUUUUGCAACCGGCGCGCGCGUCCGCCGACAAUUAGACGACGGUUUCAUUAGGAAAAUGGGGAGGAUUAAUUGGUAACAGAAAUCAAGGGGCGACAUUCUUGCGUAACGCGCGACCACUUCGCCGGCUGAUACUCCCGAUCUCGAUUCUCGAUUCUCGAAAAAGAAUAGUCGCGCAAACAACCGAUCUAAUCGAGCGGAUACAAAAAUUUCUCCGUGCAGAAUUCCCCGCGAUAUCUGUCGCGUUUCUUUAUCGCGGCUAGAUUAUUGUAUUUUAUUAUUAUUGUCCAGCGAUACAGUAUUCUAGCAGAUACGAUCUGUCAUGCACAGGGUGGCCUGUUUGUCUUUGACUCUGGUUACCGUUUCGCACCGAAAUUUUCAUAUUUUUCUUUGGUAUCGAUGUUGAAUGAUACUUUGAACGAAUAGGACUUAUUUCUGAGUUAUUUCUGACUCAGCGAUUUGUAAUAAUGUUGAGAAGUUCGAAGCUUGAAACGCGAAGAUAUUUGGUCAAUUAUGUCUUCUGGAAUUUAAUAGCGCCAGUUUCUGUUAGAUCCGACAGUGAUGUUCUAUAUGAAUUCACCACCCUAUAUACGAAGUAGUUUCGAUCGAAGAAAAUAAAUAUCACCGCUACAAAUUGGUAAAUUAAAUGUAACAUGUGCAGCAGGUUCCGGGGGGUUGUUUUUUGAAUGGAAUCCUCGUGAAAGGAAAUUCACCGAUCCGAAAAGUCACAGAUAUCACGAACCAGAUCGAAACCGGUUGUUCACGAAGUUCACCCGUUAUCUUAUCUCGCGAUCUGACGUUAGAUUUCACGGAGAAACGGAGCAGGAACACCGGUGAAACAUGGGCGAGGACAGCGCGGUCUCCGACACUGGGGGUGGUGUGAGCGGUUCCGGCAGCAGACCGGAAGUCCUCAAGAGCAACCACGAGCUACGGAGGAAAAUGGAACGUGGUCUGCACGAGCGGGACCGCGUCGGUGUCCAGGACUUUGUCCUCCUCGAGGACUUCCAGAGCGAGACAGCGUUCAUCGAUAAUUUGCGGAAACGGUUCAGCGAGGAUCUAAUUUACACGUACAUCGGCCAGGUGCUCGUCUCCGUGAACCCUUACAAGAAGCUGCCGAUCUACAGUCCGGCGACGAUCCAGUACUACCACGGGCGAAACUUCUUCGAGGCUCCGCCGCACAUUUUUGCGUUGGCGGACACCGCGUACCAGUCUCUUUCUAAGGAAAACUUGGACCAAUGCAUCCUCAUCUCAGGCGAAUCCGGUUCGGGGAAGACCGAAGCCUCGAAGAAGGUCCUAGAAUUUAUCGCGGCCGCGACCGGCCACAAGAAACAAGUGGAGGAAGUAAACGAUAAAUUGAUCGGUAGCAAUCCCGUGCUCGAAGCGUUCGGAAACGCGAAAACUAAUCGCAAUGAUAACUCGUCCCGUUUCGGCAAGUACAUGGAUAUCCAAUUUAAUUUCCAGGGAGACCCCAUCGGCGGGAACAUACUGAAUUACCUGCUCGAGAAGUCGCGAGUCGUCCAUCAAUUCGCCGGCGAACGGAACUUCCACAUUUUCUAUCAGCUGCUCGCCGGGGCCAGCGACGACACUCUGAGGAAGCUGUUCCUUAAAAGGAACUUGGACACUUACUAUUAUCUGACUAAUGGCACAAAGGGGACCGUGGACUCCAUCGACGAUGGCAGCCAGUAUAAGGAGGUGAUAAAGGCUAUGAAGACCAUGGAAAUGAACCAGCAGGAGCAGGACGAUUUGUUCGCAAUAGUCGCCUCGGUGCUGCACAUGGGAAACGUUGGCUUUACCGAGGAAGACGGUAUCGCGCAGAUUCUGAAGCCCGGCUCCGUGGAAGCCGUUGCCACUUUACUGGGAUGCGAUGUGAAACAAUUAGCGGAUGCAUUUACACACCGCACAAUAGACGCCCGUGGCGACGUGGUCGUCUCCCCAUUGAACAGGGAGCUGGCAAUUUAUGCACGCGAUGCUCUAGCCAAAGCCGUAUACGACAGACUGUUCACGUGGCUCGUGACCAGGUUGAAUAAAUCACUGCAACCGGUCCGUGAGCCUCCACGCAAGAUGGUCAUAGGAAUCCUGGAUAUAUAUGGAUUCGAAAUCUUCCAAAAGAAUAGCUUCGAGCAGUUCUGUAUAAAUUAUUGUAAUGAGAAGUUACAACAGUUGUUCAUUCAACUGACGCUGAAGUCCGAGCAGGAGGAGUAUCUGCGCGAGGGGAUAACCUGGGAGAACGUUCAAUACUUUAAUAACAAAGUUAUAUGUGAUUUGAUCGAGGAGAAGCAUAAAGGAAUAAUAUCUUUGAUGGACGAGGAGUGCCUUCGCCCCGGUGAUCCAACCGACCUGAGCUUCUUAGAAAAACUGAAUGUCAAUUUAAACAGCCAUCCUCAUUACAUCAGUCAUAUGAAAGCUGAUCUGCAAACGCAGAAACUUAUGGGGCGAGAUGAAUUCAGAUUGGUACAUUACGCUGGGGAUGUAACGUACAAUGUCCGCGGGUUUCUUGAGAAGAAUAAUGACUUGUUGUUCAGAGAUUUGCGUGAAGCAAUGUCGCACACAACAAAUUCGAUCACCAAGUCUGUAUUCGAUGUGAAAGACCUAACCAGUAAGAAACGACCGGAAACAGCUAUUACGCAAUUCAAGAACAGUUUGAACAAUCUUGUUGAGAUCCUUAUGGGCAAGGAGCCUUCGUAUAUUCGUUGCAUAAAGCCCAAUGACUACAAAAUGCCCAAUCAAUUUAAUGAGAAGAUUGUGCUGCAUCAAGUGAAGUAUUUAGGUCUCAUGGAAAAUCUACGAGUCAGGCGAGCUGGUUUUGCCUACAGGAGACCAUACGAACAGUUCUUGCAACGUUACAAAUCUCUGUGUCCACAAACCUGGCCCAAUUAUCAUGGAGCAGCCAAAGACGGCGUGCAAAUUCUUGUGUGUUAUCUUGGGUUCGAGCACGACGAAUAUAGGAUGGGCAACACAAAAUUGUUCAUUCGGUUCCCUAAGACGUUAUUCGACACAGAAGAUGCCUUCCAAAUGAAGAAGCAUGAUAUAGCUGCUAUUAUUCAAAGUAAGUGGAAAUGUAUAUUAGUGAGACGAAGAUACUUGAGAAUGAAGAAAGCAGCUAUCGUCUUCCAAAAAAAUAUUCGGAGAUGGCUUGCAAGACGCGAAGCUGAAAAAAGACGAAAAGCGGUUAUUACCAUUCGCAGAUUUAUUGAAGGAUUCAUUACACGAAAUGGCCCACCGACUGAAGUCAACGUGGCAUUCAUUGAAUUAGCAAAGUCACAGUGGUUAAUCAAGCUCUCUAAAUCACUUCCUCAGGGCGUUCUAAAUAAUUCUUGGCCUCCCUGCCCGUACUCCUGUCGAGAGACCUCUGAACACUUGCGCAUCAUGUAUAAAAAGUGGAAGGCGCGUAACUACAGAUUGAGUUUGUCGAAAGAAGAGAAAGAGCAUUUCGAAUUAAAAAUUUUAGCAGAAUCUCUGUUCAAGGGGAAAAAGAAGUCGUACCCUAAGAGUUUAGGACCGAGGUUCCAGAACGAUCGACUUGGCGCAGAGCACAAAGCGCUGAGACAGAGUUUCAUUAAUAAUAUCCUUCCUAGAGAUGAAACCAUAAAAUACGCGACUCCUGUUAUUAAGUAUGAUCGACAUGGGUACAAGCCUCGUGAAAGGGUACUAAUUUUAACGGAAAACGCAGUGUAUAUUUUAGAUACCCUAAAAACUUUUAAACUUAAGCAUAGACUACCGUAUAAGUCUAUAGAAGAAUUGGUGGUUACUGGCGAAUCGGAUAAUAUAUUGAUUGUCAGGAUACCGCCUGAACUGAAAAAAGAUAAGGGUGACUUAAUUUUGGAAGUACCAUAUAUAAUAGAAGCGCUAACAAAGGCAAUUGAUAUCACCAACAACCAAAAUAUUCUUCAAAUCGUUCAUACAGAAUCAGUUUCACACAAACUAGUCAGUGGUAAAGAAGGUGUAAUUGAAUUCAGAACUGGUACAACACCAGCCAUUAGUAAAAACAGACAAAGUGGACAUUUGCUGGUGGUAAAUACAAACUCUGCAGCAUGAAAUAAUCAAGAAGGAUGUGUUCAGCAUUGGAAGUAUGGGCCAGCUUGUGAUCUAGAGUGGAAGAUUGUUAAGAAGAGAUAAUAUAUUAAAAUUUAGGAAAUUUGUUAAAUAACACUCGCCGUUUUGUACCUUGUUGAACGAUAUCAGUUUGUAAAAUAUUUUGUGAAAUAGUGUUUAUUUUUGUAAUUAGCGAAUCGUCUGCAAAAUGGAUCAUUUUUGCAAGCAGUAUGGUUUUGCCUAAUGAUGGGAAAUCAGUGCCUUCUAUGAAACUAUUGUUAACUAAUCGCACAAGAAAAUAAUUUAUUACUAGGUAUCUUACAGGUGCACUAAAAAUUAUUCCCCUUUUCUAUAUUUAUAUUAUAUAAGUCACUGUGCCAUUGAUAAUAUUUCAUGUUCAGGAUUAUCUUAUGGAAUAUUGACAACAUAGAGUUAAAUUAAACUAAUAUCUUUAAGUCUUCAAAAAUGAGUGGAUUUUACUAAUCUUUCCUGUUACGCGUCCUUAUUCUACAAAUCAAUUUUGGAUAUGAAUCUUAGUUUUGUGUUUGUCAUUUGUGUAAAAUAUUUUCAAAGAAAUACUAUUAUUAGAAAGUACAGUAAAAUUUUUGUUUCUGCAUUUUUUAUAUUAUUGCUCCUAUUUAA